AUGUCAGAGGGGGCGGGCACAUUCCGCAUGGUCCCCGAAGAGGAACAGGAGCUCCGUGCCCAGCUGGAGCGGCUAACAACCAAGGACCACGGGCCUGUCUUUGGCCGGUGCAGCCAGCUACCCCGCCACACCUUGCAGAAGGCCAAGGACGAGCUGAAUGAGACGGAGGAGACCCGGGAGGAGGUGGUGCGAGAGCUGCAGGAGCUGGUGCAGGCGCAGGCGGCCUCUGGGCAGGAGCUGGCCCGCGCGGUGGCCGAGAGGGUGCAGGGAUGGGACAGCGCCUUCUUCCUGCGCUUCAUCCGCGCGCGGAAGUUCCACGUGGGGCGCGCCUACGAGCUGCUCAAGGGUUACGUGAAUUUCCGGCUUCAGUACCCUGAGCUCUUCAACAGCCUGUCCUUGGAGGCCGUCCGCUGCACCAUCGAGGCCGGCUACCCUGGUGUCCUGUCCAGUCGGGACAGGUAUGGCCGAGUGGUCAUGCUCUUCAACAUCGAGAACUGGGACUGUGAAGAAAUCACCUUCGAUGAGAUCUUGCAGGCGUAUUGUUUCAUCCUGGAGAAGCUACUGGAGAACGAGGAGACUCAGAUUAACGGCUUCUGCAUCAUCGAGAACUUCAAGGGCUUUACCAUGCAGCAGGCCGCCGGCCUCCGGGCUUCCGAUCUCAGGAAGAUGGUGGACAUGCUCCAGGAUUCCUUCCCGGCCCGGUUCAAAGCCAUCCACUUCAUCCACCAGCCGUGGUACUUCACCACGACCUACAACAUGGUCAAGCCCUUCUUGAAGAGCAAGCUGCUCCAGAGGGUCUACGUCCACGGAGAUGACCUCUCCAGCUUCUUCCAGGAGAUCGACGAGGACAUCCUGCCAGCCGACUUUGGAGGCACCCUGCCUAAGUACGAUGGCAAGAUCGUCGCCGAACAGCUCUUUGGCCCCCGGGCCCAAGCCGAGAAUACAGCCUUCUGA